AUGGGUGCGGUGCGCGCGCAGAACCCGGAGAUCCGCGGCCGCUUCAUCGUGCAGGACCUGCCGUCGACGCUGGCCGCCGUGCCGCGCCCGCCGCCCGCGGGCGUCGAGUUCAUGCCCUACGACAUGUUCACGCCGCAGCCCAUCCGCGGCGCGCACGUCUACUACUACCGGCACCUCGUGCCGAUACUACAAGAACAGCCGCGGAGCAAGCUGCUGCUGGUUGACCUUGUGCUGCCGGAUGCGGAUGUCGGGAUGCAGGAGGCGGUACGGGAUCUGUCCAUGUUUCCUAUUGGCGGCUUGGAGAGGAACGAGGGCCAGUGGCGCGCGCUGCUGAGGGAGAGUGGACUGCGGAUUAGGAGGAUCUGGAGGGGGAGCGAACCGGAGGCUUGUGUUGAGUGUGCGGUGGAUCGAAGCGCGCUGGGUGCGGAUUUGUAG